CAGAGCAAUUGUCCACCGUGACCACGUGUAUAUACAAAUUUGGCAGCGACAGAUCAUUUUAGGUUAUAUUGUUUAUUUUUAUUCAAACGUGCGUAUAAUAAAUAUGGGCAAAAAACGAAAAUUAAAAGAAUCUAAAGAUGACCAAUUCGAAUUUGAUCCGUUACCUAAGCACUUAGUUAUAGCACACCUAAAAAAUCAAGAGAAACGUCUUAUUAUUAUCUUAGAAGGGGCUCAGCUUGAAACUGUAAAGGUAGGAAAUAAGUUUGAACUACUAAAUUGUGACGAUCACACUCACAUUUUAAAGAGUAACAAUCGAGACGUGGGAUCAUGUAGGCCAGAUAUAACCCAUCAAUGCCUGUUGAUGUUAUUUGAUAGCCCUUUAAAUAGGGCCGGGCUUCUACAAGUUUAUAUACACACAGCAAAUAAUAUAUUGAUAGAAAUCAAUCCACAAACUAGGGUCCCAAGAACAUUCAAACGGUUUGCGGGCCUCAUGGUUCAAUUGCUACACAAGUUUUCUGUUCGAGCUGAAGAUGGCCCUAAAUUGCUCAAAGUUAUAAAAAAUCCUAUAACAGAUCAUUUACCAGUUGGUGUAAAGAAGGUUGGUACAUCCUUUGCAGCAAAAGAAGUAAAAAAUUGUCGAGAAUUAGUGCCUAAAGAAGAGGAGCCUAUUGCUUUUGUAAUUGGAGCUUUAGCACGUGGAAGUGUUAAUGUAGAUUACGUAGAAGACAAUGUUUCCAUUAGUAAUUAUCCUUUAUCAGCUGCAUUAACAUGUACAAAACUUUGUUCAGCUUUUGAAGAAGUAUGGAAUGUUCUUUAACAGCAUAUAAAAAAUGAAGAUAAAAAGAAGUUUUAUUAUAAUUGAAUAACUAAAAUUUGACUGCCUACAUAAUUUUUUUGUGUAAAGAGAAUUUGAUUUUUUACUGUA